UUGUUUCUGCGGGGGUUUGGGGUGGGGGGGAAUUUCUUGUCGGAAGACAGUGCGUCCGCUUACCGACGCUUCUAUGUGUUGAACUCGCCGUUUUAACGCCUCGUAGCUUUUAACCGCUUCGCCAUGAGCCGUCCGUCCUCAGCGGGUGGUGCGGCUGGAGGACUCGGAGCCGGCAAAGCGGGAGGAAACAAGCAUGGAGGCUCGGGAGGAGGUGGAGGAGGAGGAGGAGGUGGUGGAGGAGCAGCAGCAGCGGCGGCGGCGGCAGCGGCGGCGGCGGCAGCAGCCGGGGUGUCGGGCUCAGUGGCCGGCUCGGUCCCCGCGGUGGCUGCCGUGGCCUUGCCACACUCCACCCUAGCCGGCCAGUCUGCGGAGCUCACAGCGCUGUUUGAGUGUCCCGUGUGCUUCGACUACGUGCUGCCGCCGAUCCUGCAGUGCCAGGCCGGACACCUGGUGUGUAACCAGUGCCGACAGAAGCUGAGCUGCUGCCCGACAUGCCGCGGGCCGCUCACCCCGAGCAUCAGGAACCUGGCCAUGGAGAAAGUCGCUUCCACGCUGCCGUUUCCUUGUAAGUAUGCCUCGGCGGGUUGCCUGCUGUCGCUGCACCACAGUGAGAAGCCGGAGCAUGAGGAGGUUUGCGAGUUCCGCCCAUACACCUGCCCCUGCCCGGGCGCUUCUUGCAAAUGGCAGGGCUCCCUGGAAGCGGUCAUGCCCCACCUCAUGCACGCCCACAAAUCCAUCACCACACUGCAAGGCGAGGACAUCGUCUUCCUGGCAACAGACAUCAACCUGCCUGGUGCGGUGGACUGGGUCAUGAUGCAGUCCUGCUUCGGCCACCAUUUCAUGCUGGUGCUGGAGAAGCAGGAGAAGUACGAAGGCCACCAGCAGUUCUUUGCGAUCGUGCUCCUCAUUGGCACUCGCAAACAGGCUGAGAACUUCGCCUACCGUCUCGAGCUGAACGGCAACCGUAGGCGGCUCACGUGGGAAGCUACGCCGCGGUCUAUUCACGACGGUGUAGCUGCAGCAAUCAUGAACAGUGACUGCCUCGUCUUUGACACCUCCAUCGCCCACCUGUUUGCUGACAAUGGCAACCUGGGCAUCAAUGUGACCAUUUCCAUGUGCUGAGGUGGCAGUCCGAACUCCACAGAAUGGCAUUUCCCAGGGAUUGACAGUUGUACCUCGACAGGUUGGGAGAUGUAUGCAUUUGUGUACGUGACUUUUCAAGAAUUAUUCUUCGCAAGAUGGUGCACAAACGGCUUCAGUCCGAGUUAAGGUAUGGAACAUGGCCCUGUCUACAGCGGGACGUCCGCAGCCAAGACUCCAUUUGCUACGGUCCAGCGGCUGGAGCUGGGCCUGAUGACGGGCCUCAAAGAGGUUUUUUUUUUUUUUUUUUUUUUUUUUUUUGCGAAAAUCAAAGCACGGCUGCUUCACACAACAUACGUGUGACAUGAAAUUUUGCACUGACUUUCCAAAUCGAAUCAUGACUGUGUAGCUGGUAAGAUGUUAAGUGUGUGCAGCUCGCAGUAAAUGGUGUACAUGGUGGAAAUAAAGAUAACUUGCAACUUGACUGCACUUGUGAGCCACCAGGUCUGUCAGGCAAAUGCACGACUUCUUGCAUAUUCAUCUGUUUUAGUUGUGUUUAUAAAUGUUACUCAUUUCUCACGUCAUCACCACCACUGGAUAAUUAUGGAAACUUUGCCUGGUGUGAACGACACGUUGGUGGAACUUGGUAUAAAAGAGAUUUCUAGAUAGUCACCAAGCAUACCCUUCCUCCAACCCGGAGCCAAGGUUUUGAUGAUUAAUCAAGUGAAAUAAACACAGCCAGUUUUUCUCGAACCCUUUCAGCCAUACGCUAUUCCCCAUAUCACUGAAAUAAAUAUCCUCAUAUACUGUAUGUUUUGAAUCUUGAUACUUGAAUGUUUUCGAACUGUGGUACUCUGGGCUCGGUAUCGUACGUUCGUAGUCCAGUUCCUGAUGACUGCAUGUAAACAAUAUGAGCCUGCAUGCUAAGAUAAAUGAGCAUCAGCUAACUGCUAACUGCUCUUGGAUGCACAUUAGCUGCAUUGGAGCAGUCCAGGGUUUCAGGAUUGCCUGUGUUUUGUUCUUUACCUAUUUUUUUUUUUUUCCUUUUCUAAAUGAUCAAGAUGACGCAGUUUGUAAAUAUUCACAGAAAAAAUAGUUUUGUUAUUUGCUGUGUGCUGUUGUUCUGUCUCUUUAAAUGGGUUGUUUAGUCUAGCUUGAUUUGUGCUCCAGCUUUUUAAACUGCAACUCUGAGAGAUUAUUUGGGACACCUUUUUUUAUUUUUAUUAUUAUGAUUUUUAACACAUUUCCUAGGUGAAUCAACCUUGCAGCGCCUUACUUGUAUACAACCCCAACCUUUCAGAGCCCAACAGGGCUCCUGCUGAAUUUCAGGUCUGUAAUCCAGGACUCUGAAUUAAAAGAGCCUUAUUCAUAAAUAAUGGCAUUAUGGGGAACAAAAAAAAGAUUGUGAAACAUGCUUUAUAAAACCUCCAGAACUCCACAGCAGUAGCCUAGACAAAAAAAAAAAAAAUCCAAACCUCUACACAAAUACCUCUGAUGUCAAACAUGUCUGUAAGUGGACUGCAUCGAUCUCAGGACCCUGGUGGUCUUCAGUUUAACAAAAGCAUGAAUUCUCUCAGCUUCACAAGUCAUCCUUCUCUUUCUGUCACACUUAUUUAAAUAACUAAUGUAAAUGUCAGUCCGUAUUGUUUCCUCCGGAACGGUAUCCAGUCGUGGUUAUUUUGUGUCUUUGUGUUAAUGGACUUUGUGUGUUGUGUAAGACUUAAAGGAAAUGUUCAGAUUUAUUUUGCGAGCUCGUCUUGCUCUCGCCAGCGUCCGCUUUCCAAAUAUGGUUUUAAUCACCCAGUUGUCAUGGCAACUCGAUAUCCUAAUUAGAGCGAUGGAUAAUAGAGCGUAGAAGUGGUGUUCCAGACAUUCGUGAAACCCACAGUGAUGCUAAAUUACACAAAAUGUCCCCCGCUGAUGAAUUUCCUGCGUAUUGAAUCCAUUUCGCCAAAAAUUACACAAAUUAGGGCUGGUCGAUGAGACACAAAUAUCACUCCACAAUACAUGAAGGUGUUUCUAUGAUACAAGAUCCUCCAUGAUGAUUAUUUAAUGUCUAAAUAAAUGACUUCAAACUGAAACGGAAAAUUAAUGACUUCUAGUAAUUCUAAUGAAUACCGAUAUUAAAUAAAAGAUCAUUUACAGUUACCUUUCAUUACAGUUUUUUUCCAUUUGAAAAAUUCAGCACGUUAACAUCAAAUCAACUGCUUUCUGUUUCGUAAUUAUUCAAAAUAAAAAAGUUAGAAGAACAUAUCCCGACGCCUGUGAUGUGUUGGAUUGUAACAGACUUGUAAUAAACGUCGACAGCGACGCUGUUUUAUCAACUGAGGAAUCAAUAGUGUUGCCUGUUUCUCGCAACUCAUCCAAACUAAAGCUGGUUUUACACUGUACGAUUUUUUUAUUUAUUUUUUUUUUUUGCAGUCGCAGACGAAAGUCGCACAUUGUAAAUGAAUUCCUUAGAUGCGGGUGGAGAUCAGUGGUCUUAGCCUGUUUCUUGUGGGCAUGGAGCGAGCGCUACUGUUCUGUCCAUCUGUCCAACGUUUCUAUUUCGUUCUCGUGAGAAAUUUUCUGCGCUUGGAUUCGUAUUAGAUUUGUUAGCAGAUUACUAACUGUACUAGCUACGUACACUCACCAAACGCACCAGCGAUCUCUGCUACUAGGAUAAGAUGAAACUACGGUAUUUGUGCGUCAGACAGUAUAUGAGAACUAAUUGAUAAAAAUUUAAAGUUGUGAGUGGGGAACUGAAGCGACGUCAGACUAUUUGUGCCAUACGAUUGGUCUGAGGAAUCAUUCGAGCUAAUCGUUUGGAUUUGUCACUUUACCGUAUUCUGAAUAAUUUGCGUACAACUGAAAUGAUCUAAACUCACGUUGCUCAUCGCACUGUCGCUAUAAUCGCAGCUCCGCGUUGCACGCAUAGAUAGAAGAUGAACGGUCACCUGUUGUUAUUUUCACUCGCUAGUCUGAACGUAUAAUGUGACGUGCUCACCGGCGGCCAUUUUAGUUCCAUUGUGACCAUAGACAGUUGAUGACAAAGUUCUGGAAGUGUAAGAAAUUUUUCAUCUCAGUGUGUGAGCGCUGUUACGGCACUCGUCUGAAAGCCACCAAUAGGAGGACGGAAUCAGAUGAUGCGAUACUUACAGUGUGGUGGCGGCGGAAUGUAAUGAAACAUUAAUUAACAUUAAUGAAACACUAAUGGGUGGAAAAAAUAGAUACUUGUUACCUCAAGCUCACUUUCUUUUUCUGCACCAGCUUUUCCAGAUCCUGCUGAUUGAUGACGUAAACAGAACGUUGUAAUUUUCUUUAUCUGUCGGAUCUUUAUCGUAUAAUCAGACAUGGAGAACACAUUGCUAUAGCACAGUUUGUUAGAAUUCGGCCAAGAUUUUAUCAGGAAGUCGUACAGCAUGAGUAACAACCUGUUAAUACAGAAUCGCACAGUCUAAAACCAGCUUUAGAUGAAUAACGAGCCGGUUCUCUGCAGGUGAGCCAGUCUUUUACGUUUAUCGAUUCAGCAGACGUGUUUACCCGAGGUGACCUACAGGUCAGGCGGAAUAGAGGGUCCUGGUCCUUAGAUUUGAACUCGGAACCUUUUAGCACAGAUCCGUAAAAAACUCAGUAAAGUGAAAGCUCAGCUUCUAUGCAUUUUAUUCUGUUUAUCCCUCACAAAAAAAAAAAAAAUGAUAGCUGCAGGAAUAGUUCAUAA